UGGUACUCUCGCAUCAAGACAUCAUCCCUAAACAUUAAAUAUUAACUUAAAUGGAAAGUUUCGAUCAGAUGUACGGUGCCUUUUUUGGUAUAGGGAUAACAAUUCUUGCACGUCCAGACGGCGGAGCUAAUUUAAUAAUGUGAAUGUACAUCUUUGCACUACAGUUUUCAUGAAAAAAAUCAGCCACCUUAAGUAGUAAUAUUCUGUAUGCUCAGUGACUUGCUCUUCAGAUCUCUGCGAAAAUCACCAUUGCCAAUAGACAACUCCAGUACUUUGUCGACGGAAGCGAGGAAGCAAAAUGUCGCAGCAAACCCCGUUGCAUGCUUCAGCUAAGAGAAAGCGGAUGGACGUGGAGGAGGGAGAUGCCAAAUUUACGAGAAGAAAGGUCGAGGCCGAAACAGAAAAUGUGAAGAAGAUGUACACAUUCAGAGUUCUGCUUCCGAAUGGCUCCAAUUUAACACUUUCUUUGGAGAAUCCUCCCGAAGAGAUGAGCGUUCCGGACUUUAUCCGCUCGGUGCAGAGGAAGUGCAUCAGGGAGGACAAGGGAAAGUUAAAAUGCAAGGAAGAGGAGACGGAGAAUUCGCCCAGGCCUAUCCGGUGGGGCACUCAUGUGUUCCUGGAAGAUAACAUGGGGAACAGAAUUAAAAAUGGAAAGAUAAUCCCCCUCGCCGAAGCUAACAAAAUAACUACCUUAAUUCUUCAGGAUGGCAGCAGUAAUCCUGUACAUACCUACCAGAAUAUGUGGGACGUGACUCCAAAACCCCAUCUUCUGGUUGCUUUGCCGCAGGAAUACUCUACAGAAACAGCUUUAGCUGACCUAAUAGACAACUCUUUACAAGCUGUUUGGGCUAACUUAUCUGGUGAAAGGCGUUUAAUAAGUGUCAUAAUAGGCGAUCAGGAGAUAUCUAUUUUUGACAGUGGCCAAGGCAUGGAUGGAAGCAAAGAAAAUUCUAUUGCAAAAUGGGGAACUAUGGGCUCCUCAAACCAUAGAGCUGUUAGAUGUGAGGCAGUGGGUGGAAGACCACCGUAUUUGAAGCCUUACUUUGGUAUGUAUGGAUUUGGAGGGGUCGCAGCUUGUAUGCAUCUGGGAGGGUUGGUUAUGGUGUCCUCAAAAACAAAAACAUCAAAAAAGGUUGUCAGUUUGAGGCUGGAAAAGGAUUCUCUGAUACAGAGGUCAAAGUCAGAUCGAGUCUGGCUGACACCGGGAGAGAUAAGAGAGGUUUCCCAGGAAGAAAGAGAAAUGUUUCCUGAUGGUAGUUUUACUAAGGUUCAUAUAUCCAGCUUAAAGUCACAGUAUUGGAAUGAGAAUCAGCUUAAAUGUAUGCUGAAGGACAUCUACUUCCCAUAUAUUCAGAAUGAUAGAUCUGAUGAAUUAAUGCGGACGAGUACCCCAGUAGAUUUUGAGGUAAAUGGUACUAAUUUGACUGAAGUAGAAGGCGGAGAGGUGGUUGCAACAAAUUUAGCAUCUUGUAAUGCACCACCAUUUGUUCUUGAGCUUCAUCUUAAGUACCACCCAGAUACUGACAUGAAAGGGACUGCUCGUAGAGAAAAAGCCAAUGCAAGCUUGUCUUGCUUUUAUUUUCCAAUUAUUCGGGGGAAAGAAAGUAUUGAUACUAUCUUGGAGAAACUUGAUAUAGAGAAACAUGGUGUAGGGGAGAACUUUGAGAGUUUUUCCCGUGUUUCUAUACGGCAUCUGGGACGAUUACUUCCUGAUGCACGCUGGGGUCGGCUUCCAUUUAUGGAGCCCAAGCGCAGGAGGAUAGAGAAUGCAUUAAUUCCACAACAGUGUUAUAAAAGGGUGAAAUGUGUUGUGGAGACGGAUGCUGGAUUUGUACCAACAACUUCUAAAACUGACCUUGCACACAAGAACCAAUUCACUAUUGCAUUAAGGAAUCUUGGGCACAAGCCUGAUGCUAGCUCUCCAAUGAUACAUGUUGAUAUAAAGAAAGAUGGUAAGCGACUGUCAGUUAAUCAACUGGAUAAGGAAUAUGAAAACUGGCUAAAAGCAAUGCACGACAGUUAUGAUGAAGAGGCAGAAUAUUGUGAUGACGAGGUGGUGUGGAUUUUAAAUCCUAGCAAUGGGAAGGAUCUUGGGAUCUCACACAAAGUGUUACGAGUGCUUAGGCAGAUAAGAAUAAAGGGACAAUUAUGGAAGACUGGGCAAAGAAUAAAGAUUGCUAAAGGAGCUACUGGUGGGAAGAAUUUUUAUGCAACUUUAGAGUAUUUCUUGUGUGUGGGUUCAGAUGGUGAUCCAGGUGAAGCUCGAAUGACUUGCAGGCCUAUGGAAUGCCCUGAAGAAGCUGGAAGCAGACUAAUGUUAACCAAAGGAAAUGGAAGCUUUGAACUUGGGAUUUCGAAAUCUCUUCCUCUGGAAUUGAUAUCAUCUGGAAAGUGUCAGGCUGUGGAUGAUAAAACAUGGACUAAUCAGCUUCAGAAAAAGACGCUAAAGGCUCCCGCAUCUAUUGACAUAUUAAAUACUGAACAAGUACAUAUAUUUGAUGUUGAUAAGGGAUUUCCCGAAGAAGUAACAGUUCAAGCAGGUUUUGAUUUACCAAAAGAAAUUAUUGCUGUUGUAAGACCGCGUUCUUUUACUAAAGAUAAUAUGGAUAAAAGUUUAGAUUGUACAGAUCAAAAAUAUAUUGUCAAGGAAAGCAGGGAAAUGAAGAUGGAUAUUAAAGAUGUCAGAGAAUAUGAAUGUGCUCGAGAAAGUUCAGCUGGAAAUGAUGUGAAGUAUACAAUGCAAACAAAGGCCUCUUCUCGAAAAAGAGUCAAUGGUUUGUAUUGUUUCUCAAUGGAAGGAUACAAUUUGUUGAAAAUGUUCACAAAAGCAGGGCGAUACAAAUUUAUAUUUUCAUUGGUUGAUGGUUCACAUGCAAAUCCAUUGUACAGAGAAAUAGAUUUGUGUGUACAGGCAUCAGACAAUGUUGGUCAUUGGAAAUUAAGUAACCAACUGUCAGAUCUAGCGAGUGGCAAAUUGGAGCGACUUAUUGCAAGGCUUGGAACUCAAAUUGGACCAAUUUACAUAUCAUGUUAUGAUGUCUAUUCAAACCAGAUGGCUUUUAAGUCCUAUCCAAACCUUCAAAUACAAGUUCAAAAAAAGGGAGAGCAAGUGAAAAUUGAGACAGAGAUUGAAUCUGUAAAUCUAAUACAAAACAAUAUGCAUCUGCAAGUGGAAUUUUCGUUGAGGGGCAACUUAGCAUUUUUGCAACCAAGUUUUGAAGCAUCAUUAAGAGUUGGUGAUAAGGAGUCUUUUUAUGAUGAAAUACCAAUAAUAGUGUUGCCUGGAGAUCUGUGUAAAGUUAUGAUCUUGAGUAAACAGGAAUUGGAUAAUUGUUUGCGCCCUGGAGAUGUGAUUCAUGACUUAAAACUGCAGGCAAUUGAUGCUUAUGCAAAUCCUGUUGAGAGGGGACAAAGAUUAAAAGUUGAACUGGAAGGACUCAAGUUCCAGGACCAAAGUGAUUUGUAUCGGAAGGUUGAUGAUCAAGGUUGUGUAAAUUUAGGAGGAUUACUCAAAGUGACAGGGAACUAUGGCUCGAAAGGUUAUAUUCGUGUUUGUUCAGACUCUCAGAUGUUACGAGAGAAACAAUUUCAAAUUCUAAUUAGGGAACUCAAGGUGAUGUCUGAGAUUCCAGAGGAAUGUUAUGCAGGUUCCAUGAUAGACGAUGUUAUGUUUGGAAUUUUUGAUGAAAAGGGACAUGUUGAUGAGGAAAUGAAUGGUUGUCAACAUUCGUUGAUGAUUGAUUUGUAUUCAGAAGAUGGAGUUCAAUAUCCUUUUAGAAAGGGGAAAUGUACAAUUCCGAAAUUGUCAUUUCCAGCAAAUCCCGGGACUUUGGAGUUCAAUGCUUUCCACUCAUUCCAUCCAGAUCUUCUUGUGCAUUUUAAGAUUAAACUUCUUCCAUGUCAACCAUUAGCGAUGGUUAAGUUUCCAGAGCAAGGAUUUGAGGAGGGUGAAGAAUAUCAGCCUUGUGAUGAGUCAGAAAUAUUGACUCCAUGUACAAAUAAGACAUAUUUGCAUGUCAAAUAUAUUUUGAACAGCUUAGAGAAAUGGGAAGAGAAAUUGAAAAAACGUGGAGCUAAAGUAGGACAGUAUGAACAGAAAUUGAGAGCACUAAAAAAAUCUCUGGCUGACCUGAAGGGUGAAAUUGAUGCAUUGACUUAUACAUUGACUACUGGUUCAAAAAGUGAUGACAAAAUGACAUCAAAUCAAGGCUCCCAUAGUGUUGAAGAAACAUUGGAAGAAAUCGGAAGACAGGUAAAUAGUGCAGCUGCAGUAUGGGUUGAGUUAGUCAGAUGGCAUCAACUUCAGUCAGUGCAGCCCCCAAGUUUACCGGAUGUGAUUGGAGUUGUUGCUCUGUUAGGAAAAGUAGAGAGUGAUCUGAUAAGCUUGGCACUAUCUGAGUAUUUAGGAAAAGAAAAUAUGAUGGCUAUAGUCUGUAAGUCUCGUAAAGGGCUGGAACAGCUUGAAACACGCAAUCUUGCUGGAAAGAUAAUUCCAUCUUUUGGCAUUUACAAUAUAGCACAUAGACAAAAUAGACGUAUUGAUGGGAGGUUCCGUGUCAUAUGCCUUGAGGACAUAUGGUGUUAUAAGGGGGCUUUCAAGUCUGAUGAUCCACAGAGGCAGCUGAUUAUAGAAGAUCCAAAAUUAUCCUCUGGCAGUCGCCCUGGUGGGUUUCUUGGUUAUGCUGUAAAUAUGAUAAAGUUAGAUCCUGAGAACCUAUAUUCUUCAGCUUCCCGAGGGGUUAGUUUGAGGGAAACAUUAUUUUUCAAUCUUUUUUCUUAUGUGCAAGUAUAUAAAACAAGAAAUCACAUGAUGCAAGCUAUCUCUUGUAUCAAACAUGGUGCUAUCUCAUUAGAUGGAGGCAUAAUUAGGCAGAGAGGUGUCAUUGAGUGCGGAAACAGGGAAGAAGUUGCUGUGAGGUUUCCAACCACCUCAUCAAAACAAAUAACCUCAGUCGAGCAGAAUCGUCUUUAUAUUGAGGAAAAAUUAAAAGGGAAAAUGAAGAAGAAGAAAAUAUUGGAAGAUGAAAUUGAACAAACUUCGAUUGCUUUAGCAAAAGCACAUGAAAAAUUUGAGGACACAAAGAAAGAACUGGAGGAAUUACGGGAUCAAGCUGCAAACCUAAGUUCUUGUUAAACCAAAUGUUUUUGAAUUAGUAUCAUCCUAUGCUCUGUUACCUUUGCAGGCAAAGAUCUUGAUGAAUCUUAUUAGUAUUUGAACAUAAAGUCCGUUCGUCAUGAUCCCAAUUCUCUUUGGGAUAAUGAUGUGUGGUAGAACAAAAUACGGAUUAUUAUAAAACUAGAUGAUCUCGGGUCUGCAAAUGCAGGAAUGUUUUGUUGGAUAAAAGAAAUGUCACAUCAUACUUAUAAUCACAUUAAUCA